CCAAGAUAGAAUUGGAAACAGCCCAUAUCCAGAUGAAAAAAGUGCCCGUUCAGGAAGGAAGAGAUAACUUGUGAACCAGAAAUAUUCUGCGGCUUUGUGUUUCAUCACCCUUUACCACAUCUCGAUUUCAAUGUCAAUAAUGGUUCUGUGAACUCCAUUUCAUGGUAAAGCUGCAUAUCGGAGGAAGUAUUAUGGGAUGGGGGCCCAGAAAAGCAUUCAUGUUGGCAAUGCCAAGAUUGACUUCAAUGUUGAUUUCACCCACAAACUGUGUUCUACUUUGAAGUUUGAUCCUUUCAGAAAUGCUGGUGAAGAGAGUCCCCUUUCACUAGUUAUUGGAAGCCUCUGCAUCAAGCAUCCAAAUUUAUUUGGAAAGGGUGAGAAGCUUGUUUUCUUGUGGGACAAAGGGCUCUGUGAUUCCAACAUAAUGAUUACAUACCGUAAACCAAAGUCAGCAUGCCUCUCACAACAUGCCUUCACAAUUCAGCACUCUAUUUCUCCAGAGCUGGGGAUUCAUGGCAUCCCAGUGGAUAACUUCUCCCGUUCUGGGGGAGGAGGUGUCAGUCUCUCUCGAACAUCUAUUAGUGUGGACCUGAGUGAGCCCUUGAGUUCCAAUUUGAGCAGUAACACUAGCGCAAAGUUUGAGCAUGUCCGGCCCAUUAAUGAUGACGGUCGCUCUAUAAGCAGAGACAUUCAUGGCUUUCCGGUGACUUGCAGUGGUGGUUAUCAUGAUAACAUGGCAGUAAUCAAACAAGAAUUUUGUUACACAACGGAGAACGAUCGCAGUUUUACUCGAUGUAGACUGCAAAUAGAACAAGGAAUUCCUAUUCGCAGAAAGUGGCUGAUAUUCAGUCGAUUGUUUUGCAGCCUUACAAGUGGCUCCAUUGUAGGAGACAUAGCUCCUUAUGAAGCUUUCUCAAUUGGCGGACAGGGUAGUGUAAGGGGCUAUGGUGAAGGUGCAAUCAGUUCCGGUCAGUCAUGCCUUGUUGCUAACGCUGAACUAACAUUACCUCUGAUAUCGAAUUACUCACGUCAUCAAACAUCAUUUGCCUUCUUGUGUCCAGAGCCCAAUGCUCAAGGGUGCUGUUUUCUUGGAUUGGGGAUCAGAUAUGAGCUCAGGUCGUCAUGUGCCUGGGGUGGGCACGGUCCGGGAUUUGGCCUGCGUCCCGUUACCUGUCCCACUUUUAUGAACCGGUUUGUGACGGUCAGGGAUGAGACACCGUUCCAAAUGGACGGAAAUCCUGCUCUUAGGCAUGGUAAACCAGGAAGUGGGUUCGGUUUUGGAUAUGGUCUUCGGUUUAAAUCUCCUCUGGGGCAUGUUCAUGUCGACUAUGCUUUCAACGCAUUUCAACAAAGGACAGUGUAUUUUGGGUUUAGCAAUAUGUCCUGAUAAGAUCCCUUGCUAUUAAAGCCCUUCAAAUUUAUCUAUCACCUUAAGGUCAUACCUCGCACUUGGGAUUUGAUUUUUGGUCUCAGAAAUUACUGCCACUUUCUUUCCUCAAUUCUAAAGUUGAAAUUAAGCAUUCGUUUAACUGGGCAUUAUAUGUUGCGAUCCUCUUUAUUUUUUAUUUUUAUUUUUUGGACUUCAACCCUUUAGAUUGAGUAGCUAAAUUCUGCUUUCUCAGUAGAUAUAUUUUACCGGCUGCUCUUUAUU